AUGUUUUAGUUUCGGCAAAGAUCAUAGUUAGGUGACCGUGUGACUGCAACAGAACAGCUGAGCGUAGUUACAAAAGUAGAGAGCAGUGGAGCAUUAUGUCAAAACAUAAAAUCAUUACCCUUCGUGUUCAGUCGUCGGAAGGAACAAAACGCGUGGAAGUUGAACCAAGUGACUCUAUAUUACACUUGUUUGAAAAGGUGCAUGAUGCUUUUGGUUUGAGUGGAUACACAUUUGCUCUUUAUCGUGAACGUGGGAGGAAGGAUGAACUUAUUUCUUCCCGUUCAAGAACCAUUCGUUCAAGUGGAUUGCGCCAUGGUGAUAUGGUUUAUAUGUGUCCUCUUAAUGGAGCACUGCUUUGGUCAGAGCCGUCACCUGGCAGCAGCAACAGUAUGGCCCACGAUGAACCGAUUGAUGACUAUCCCGAGAAAUCUUCAUCUGCUCCCAGUCAGAAUAUUGCACUCUUGACAACACCAGUGGUGCCACUGCAAGAAGAUGAAGUUGAUCAGCAGCUGUGGAAACUAGAUGGGAAGGUGCAACGUAAACGGGAUGAUAAACUUUGUCGCCAUGGUCCAAAAGCUUGCUGUGUGCAUUGCUCACCUCUGGAACCAUUUGAUGAGGCUUAUCUUAAAGAGCAGAAUGUUAAACACAUGUCAUUUCAUUCGUAUCUCAGAAAACUUACAGCAGGUGUUGACAGGGGUAAAUUUGUAAACCUGGAGGAUAUUAGCUGUCGAAUCAGGGCUGGUUGCAAAGAUCAUCCACCUUGGCCUAAGGGUAUUUGCUCAAAAUGUCAGCCAAAUGCCAUUACCUUGAAUCGACAGGUGUAUCGCCAUGUGGACAAUGUCAUGUUUGAGAAUGCCCAUCUUGUUGAACGUUUCAUUAAUUACUGGCGCAGUACAGGUCAUCAACGCCUUGGAUUUCUUUAUGGGCGUUAUGAAAUUCAUGGAGAUGUUCCUUUAGGUAUACGUGGAACAGUGGCUGCUAUAUAUGAACCACCACAAACAAGUACACGAGAUAGCAUUACAUUACUUGAAACAGACAAGGAAAGAAAGCAUGUGGAUGAUCUGGCUGGGCAGCUUGGCUUAAGGCGUAUUGGUUGGAUAUUCACCGAUCUUGUUACAGAUGAUGUGAAGAAAGGCACAGUGAAACAUGUUCGUAACAUAGAGAGCCAUUUCUUGUCUGCAGAGGAGUGUAUAAUGGCAGGAUACUUUCAAAAUCAGCAUCCAAAUCCCUGUCGUUUCUCACCUGUUGGGUACUUUGGCUCAAAGUUUGUGACUGUGUGUGUUACAGGUGAUGCAAGCAAUCAAGUCCAUAUGGAAGGAUAUAGUGUUUCUAAUCAGUGCAUGGCUCUUGUGAGAGACAACUGUCUUGUCCCAACAAAAGAUGCACCAGAACUUGGUUAUGUUCGUGAAUCAACAGACAAACAGUACGUGCCAGAUGUCUACUACAAGGAGAAAGAUGGUUAUGGUAAUGAAGUAUCAAGAUUGGCUCGUCCCCUUCCGGUCGAAUAUCUUCUAGUGGAUGUGCCAGCGUCCACUCCAUUAAUUCCUCUGUAUACGUUCUACGCCAGUGAUACCAUACAAGCUUUUCCCGUUGAAAACAGGCUGGUUGAUGGUCACAUCCAGGAUUUCAACACAUUAAGCAACUACCUACAACAGUUCUCACCAGAUCAAUUUCUAAAUGCAGUCUCUGAUUUUCAUUUCUUGUUGUACAUUUCAACAAUGGAUAUGCUGCCAAUGAAGGAGUAUAUGGGACCAUUGCUUGAAGCAGUGCGGACACAGAAUAGUGAAAUGGCACGGGACUGGGCUAGGUCAGAACACUGGGCAACAGUGGAACAACUUAUUGCUGCAAGUUCCUUAUCGCCGCCUUCAUCACGACCUCAAAGUAGCACAUUUACAUCUCCUUUAACAGCUCCUGCUGCCUCUGCAGCAGCAUCAGCAGCAAUGCCAUCAUCACCACCAAUGCACGAGGAUGCAGGCUGGACCUGCAGUCAUUGCACAUUUUUAAACCCAACUGAACUAUCAAGUUGUGAAAUGUGUCAACUUCCAAGAUAAAUUUGUUUUUACAUAAAGAAAGAAAAAAAAAAGAAUUGUGGACGGAAAGAAUCUUACAUAAAACAGGAGCAGACAUUUCUUCUGGCAUGGAAAAGACAAGAAAUCACAUUUAAUUUUAUGGAAUAAUUAUUUGAGGACAGUAAUUGGUUGCAUAUGUAGAAAUAAAUAGACAAAGUGUCAGUUUGUAUUUGAAAUUAAAUGUACAUCAUAUUUAACUGGAUAAUGAAAAUGGCUGUGCCUCAUUUAGAAAAUACAAAUUUUAUUUAAUAAGAAUGGAAAAUGAAGUCUGUGAAAUUUUUGCAAUAAUUUCGAGUGUUUUGGGAAAUUAGAAUUGAAAUUCAGUAUUAAAUUUCUACAUCAUAAGUAAUACGUGCUCACCAUAUUCAGUGCCUCUUACACAGUUGUAAUAUUUAAAUAAACACUUCUGUAUUUUAAUGUAUUUGUUUGAUGUUGUGCCAUUCUGUUCAUCAGUCAGAAAUAAUUUACAAGUCAUUCUGUUUCAGUAAGUAUCCACAGACUAAGUGAAAUGGAGAUCUCAGAUAGUGUUUAAUAUCUUCUGUUGGAAUGUUUUCACUUUACAAAUUUGGUUUCUCUAUAUUUCCUAAAGAAAUAUAUUUUCCUAUUUUCAUUGUAGAUUAGUUUCAUAUUUAUUAAAAAGAAUUUGAUGUCCAGAACUUACAAUUUCAGUUUAUUAAUAGGAUAGUGUAACGUAGUGACAGUGAAUUUUUCAGAUAUUUAAUAAAAUUUUAAAAAGUACUGCUACAGUUAUUUCAUUUCCUUUCAAAUGGCACACAUAAUUUUACAUUAAGGGAGGAGUGUGUAUUGUGCAUGCAAAAUGUGCAUAUACAAGGCUGUGGUUACUUCCUAAUUGUUUAAAUAGAUUCCUGCAGGACAUGUAUGUAAACUCAGCACACAGUUCUAAUUACUUUCUUUUGUACAAUGAAUACUUUCUGCCUAAGUCAGUUACUCCUGCAUGUUCAUUAGAACAUCAGUGAACCAAAUAUGUUAACUUACUGUUGUUAUUGGCCCCAGAGUUUGUUGUUUUACACAGAUAAUGUGUGGAAAAGGAUAAAUGCAAAAUCGUUAGUAGGAUGUUCCACUCCCAAACAACACCUCAAUUGAUGGCUGCUGGGGAAGUUCCCUAGCUGUGUGUGACAAAUAUUUAAUUCUGUAUAAGGUAUAAAGAUACUUUUGAUGUUGAGCAGGCCAGUGAAAUAUCUUGUCAUAAAUACUUUACUGCCAACUCACGAUAAACAACUACAUUCGUCAUAUUUAGCUAUUACUUCCUUUAAUUGUAGUUUUCUGUUGUUAUAUCAGACUUUGUCUCCAAAUAAUUUCAUAGAAAUGGAAAAUGUAUUGAAAUAAACAUCCUCUUGAGCCACAA